CAGCACUAAGAAAUAAGAAUAUUAUUCAUUAUACAUUAACUUAUGUAAAUUUAUCGUCGUUAAUUUUGGUUUUAUUAAUUAAUUUUUUCAUCUUAAUGUUGUCUUGGACUUCAUUUUGAAUAUUUCUCAUGUCAUAUUAUUUUAUUAUUAUGUGUUUAUGAGUUGUAAUAUUCUAUCAUAAUAUUAUAUUAUUUAUAAAUAUUCCAAAAUGAUGACAUCCAAGUUUAAUAAAACAUUUGACGAUUUAACUCAUAAUCCAUUGGAGUAUUUAGAUGUACAAGAUAAUGUAGUCCAAAAGAUUACCCACUUCCUAAAGGAAUUGUACGAUGCUACUAAAUCAAUUGAAAGCGAAUCUAGUGAUAUUAAUGAAGCCCUCCCGGAGUUGAUUAUUAAGGAAUUUGACGAGGAGCAAAUUUGGCAAGAGUUAGAACUUCAAAAUUCAUCGCGAUACAAACUGUUAGUGAAAAAUGUUCAACAAAUAACCAACGAAGACUUAGUGUUUCUGUCCACAAGUGGAAGUUCCAACAAAGAAAUAAAAAGUGACAUUGAAGAGGGAGACGAAAGCGAGGAGCAAAGUGAGGAGGAGGAGGAUGAUGAAUACGUUGAAGAUGACAAAGAUUUAAAUUUAGAUAAAAUUAAUGACUCUUCUUCUAAAAAUAAUAAAGCUAUGAAAACAUCAAUAGUUGACGAUGAAUUUUUUAAAUUAACCGAAAUGGAAAAUUUUUUGUUGUCCGAAGAAAAACUUGAAUCGACUAAAGAUAAAUCUGAACCAACUGACGACGAUAUUGACAUGUUUGAAAACUUAGAAACAUCCGACAAUGAAGCCGAUGACAACUAUGGACCAAUGCAUGAUGAAUUUUUCGUAAAAGACACAAAAUUAUCCAAAAAAAUAAAAGAAAACAAGAAAAGUGUCAGGUUUAGUAUGGAUGAAGAAAACAGCGACAAUGACGAGUUGGUGGAUUCUUCUGUUCAAAAACCUUUAUCCAGUCUGGAAAAAAGAUCUGAACGUAUAAAUAAGCGUAUUGCUCAACUUGAAGACGAAGCAAUAUCUGAACGUCCCUGGGCACUGAAAGGGGAAGUCACAGCUAAAGAUCGUCCACAAAAUUCACUACUCGAAGAAGCCGUUGAAUUUGAUGUUUGCUCUCGUCCAGCUCCAAUAAUAACCGAGGAAACAACAGUGAAACUGGAGGAUAUUAUAAGACAGCGCAUUAAAGACAAAGCGUGGGACGAUGUGGAGAGAAAAAUAAAAUCUAUUAAAGCUCCUCAAGAGUUUAAAAAACAGUUAGUUUUGAACCAAGAAAAGAGUAAAGAAAGUUUGUCACAAAUUUAUGAAAAAGAAUUUGUAAACCAAAGAGAAGCGGCUAAGCCAGAAAAUAAGAACAAGCCAGAAGAAGAACCUAAGGAGCAUAAAGAAAUUGAUUUAAUGAUUAAAGAACUAUUCAGAAAGCUGGACGCACUUACAAAUUAUCACUACACUCCUAAACAGGCCAUUCCUGAAUUAAAAAUUGUAAAUAAUCUCCCUGCAAUUUCCAUGGAAGAGGUAGCGCCAACAACAACUACAGACGCAUCGUUGCUGGCUCCCGAAGAAAUUCAAAAAAAAUAUAAUGCUCCUGCACUUGGCAAAGAGGAACGUACAGAAACAGACAAAAAACGAGAACGACGAAAGAAAAAACAUUUACAACAUAAAAAACGUUUAAUAAAAGAAUCAAAAACCAAAGAAAUGGAAAAACAAGGUAUUCGAUUCAAUAGUAACAAAGGAAGUGCCAUGGAAGAAUUAAAACGUUUAACGAGUAGCGGACAUCAAGUUAAACAAUUAAAAUCCAACGAUGAACAAAAUAUUAAAACGUCUAAAGAUUUCUUCUCGAAGCUUCAGGAUCAAGCAAAGAGUGAAAUAGAAGGGAAAAGAAGAAGUAUAAAAGGAUAUAGUAAAAAUGGUUUCAAGAGAAUGAAAACCAAAUAAAACCCAAUGUGAUUUCUACAUUGUACAAUGUUAUUUACUUAUGUAUAUUUUCAUAAAGUUAGCAUAAUAUUUUAUAUUAUAAUAUUUAAUA